AUUGUUUUCAAAAGCCAACCCGCGAGCCCUUCGCGAGAGAGAGCUGGAGAAGACGCUGCUCGUGAAAACAGGUUACCCAGACUCGACACCCCCUGUCACGUCCAGUUGUUCCGCAGUGACGACACAGUCUCUCGGGAAUCACGCAAGGGGUUGGCUGGACCGCGUCGCGGUGGAACAUCACUAGGUAGCCAUCUUCAGAGGAAGUGAGCGGCUUGCUACGUAAAUCGCAAUUCUCUUGUCAGUAACGAAGUGGUGUGCAACAUCUUUCCUCCGACUCGAUUCUUCCGAAUCUCGAGUCGAGAUCGACCGCUAGCGUUCGCCAACAUCGCUUUCUCGACGGAUUCAACCAUCGUCAUGCCUAAACGGCUCAGCAGGGCUCAACCCGAGAAAGAAGUCGAGAAAUUGAGAUCCCAGCUUGAAGAAAAGCCUAAACGGCUCAGCAGGGCUCAACUCGAAGAAGAAGUCGAGAAAUUGAGAUCCCAGCUUAAAGAAAAGCCUAAACGGUUCAACAGGGCUCAACUCGAGGAAGAUGCCGUGAAAUUGAGAUCCGAGCUUAAAGAAAAGGACGAGAAGGCUGAGUGGCUGGAGGAGCUUACGAUGGAGCGUGUAGCGAGACGCCAAAAGGUGGAGGCAGACAUAGCAAGACUUCAUGAAGCUGGGGCAAGAGCCAAGGCGGCGAUGGCACAGUUGGGAGCUCAAAUCCUUCUGUUGAAAUCCCAAGAGCGCUCCACGCAAACCACGGAGUAGAUCGGGCGCGCUGCGAAUCAUCAAAUAAAUAAACGCCUUGUUCAUGGUU